CUCCCAAACAUUGCACAAUCAUCGAUACACCAUCACUUAGUUAAUUCCUCAAAUUCAAUUUAUCCAUCCUUCCAUCCGACCCAUCAAUGGCGGAUGCCGGCGGUGGCUCUGCGGCGGCGGGGGGAGGCAAGAUGAAGAUGAUCCCAGAGAAGUUUCAGCUGCACUUGGCUAUGCUGGCCUUGCAAUUCGGCUACGCAGGCUUCCACGUCAUCUCCAGGACUGCCCUCAACAUGGGCAUCAGCAAGAUUGUCUUCCCUGUCUACAGAAACAUUCUUGCCUUCGUUCUUCUCGCCCCCUUCGCCUUCUUCCUUGAAAAGAAAGAAAGACCUUCUCUCACUUGGAACUUCCUCAUCCAAUUCUUCCUGCUUGCAGUCGUCGGGAUUACUGCAAACCAAGGAUUCUACCUGUUGGGAUUGGACAACACUUCCCCAACUUUCGCUUCUGCAAUACAAAACUCAGUUCCUGCCAUUACAUUCCUCAUGGCACUCAUUCUCAGGCUGGAAAGGGUGAGGCUGGACCGGAGGGACGGGAUCUCGAAGGUCGCGGGGACACUUUUCUGCGUGGUGGGGGCGUCCGUCAUCACGCUGUAUAAAGGACCAACUAUCUACAGCCCGGAGCCGCCGCUGCGAAUUCCGGCGGCGGCGGUGGUGGGAAAGCUGGGAGAUGCCAAGGGGAAGAACUGGACCUUGGGGUGCAUAUACUUGAUCGGGCACUGUCUUUCGUGGUCCAGCUGGCUCGUGCUCCAGGCCCCGGUUCUUAAGAAGUACCCGGCCCGGCUUUCCGUGACUUCUUACCAGUGCUUCUUCGGGGUCCUUCAGUUUUUACUCAUCGCGGCUUUCCUGGAGCGGGACUCCCAGGCCUGGCUCAUCCACUCUGGUACCGAGCUGUUCAGCGUUUUCUACGCUGGAAUAGUGGCAUCUGGGAUUGCAUUCGCUGUACAGAUAUGGUGCAUUGACAGAGGUGGCCCUGUGUUCGUUGCUGUGUACCAGCCUGUCCAGACACUUGUUGUCGCCAUUACCGCUUCUGUUUUCCUUGGAGAGGAGUUCUACCUCGGAGGGAUCAUCGGCGCCGCGCUGAUCAUAGCAGGGUUGUACCUUGUGCUUUGGGGGAAGAACCAGGAAGGCAAACGGACGGCGUCGGAGAAGGCGCUGAUGAUCCAGUCCUCCGCGGACCACUGCGCCGCGGCGCAGAUCAAGCCGUCCAUCUCCCAGCCACUUCUAUCUCAGUCAAAUGAAAUUGUUUGACCAAUAAGAUGUUUGACUUUGACUGAAUAUGUUGUCCUCUAUUAUUGUUAUUAUUGAAAUAUAUAUACAGUAGAGGAAUCUUAGCUAUGGUUAUAUUGAAUGGCUUGGAGUGUUUAUGAUAUAUAUAUAUAUAUAUAUUUCUUUGUUUUUCA